AUGCCUCGUUCCGUACCCCCCAAUCUCCACGGCGCGCUACCAGAUGCCGAGCUUCCAGUCGGCGGGCCUGACGGUCGACGGACUGUCUCGCGAACCGCACCCCCCUCCCCGUCCGCCGUCCGACGAACCCACAGCUUGCUUUCUGAAGUCCAAAUUGCCCAGGAGACAUCGGAACCGGUUGUGGAAGCUAGCGAAACGACCAGCCUUCUCGCAAAGCCUCAGGACCAUCGACGAGGUGUGCCACGGCGGUCUUAUACUAAUCUCUCGGGCAAUUCGGGGUCGGAUGCCAACUUCAAACACACGUUAUUGACCGGGAGCAUCCGUCGGUCCCGGCAUCAUAGCCGUGCCAAUUCUCAGGCCAUACGCUUUAGUCGACGGGGCAGUAUUGACCCGGAGCAGAUCGAGAGCCUCGCUGCAUCUGCCAAAGAUGGCAUGACCGCUUCGUUUAUGGAUGAGCGAAGCUGGUAUGAUCAGUUCACGUCUACUGACUGGGUCCAUGACAGCAUCGCCGAUGGAGCUCGUCUUCGGGAACUGCGCAAGCGGAAAGAUGUUCGCGGUCGCUUGCUGGCAUGGCUGGAUGGCUCCCAGGGCUGGGUCCUGGUUGCGUUGAUUGGCUGCAUUACUGCUGCGAUAGCUUAUUCGGUAGAUGUGACCGAAGGAUUCAUCUACGACGUGAAGGAAGGCUUUUGCACUACGCAUUGGUUCCACAACCGUCAGAGCUGCUGCACCGGGGGCUCGAACUGCCCUGCAUGGUGGUCGUGGUCGGAGAUCUUCCAUUCGGACAACCACUGGAUAAACUACGGCAUGUUUGUCUUCUGGGUGGUACUUCUUGCCUCCAUCUCGUGCUACCUGACCCUGCUCACGAAAACAGUCGUCCCAUCCUCGGUGUCGUUGACCACAUUGGAUGAGAACCUUGGUGCUGCUUCGUCACGGAGUACAAAAGGGAACGCGGGGACCAGUAAUUCUCCUGGAUCUGCCUCCAGCCAGCAAGCGCACGGCUCCUCGAUCCCCACGCGUCCUGCCAUGGUUUACUAUCCUGCAGCAGGAAGUGGAGUGGCGGAAGUCAAGGUCAUUAACAGUGGCUUUGUUCUUCAUGGGUAUCUGGGCUUCAAGACUUUGGUCAUCAAGACCUUGGCUCUAGUUUUCAGUGUCUCGUCGGGACUAAGUCUGGGGAAAGAAGGCCCCUACGUGCACAUUGCGACCUGCGUAGGAAACAUUUGCUGUCGAAUCUUCUCCAAGUAUAACCUGAACGAUGGCAAGAGACGUGAAGUGUUGAGCGCCAGCGCUGCGGGUGGCGUGGCAGUAGCCUUUGGCGCACCCAUCGGUGGCGUCCUCUUUAGUCUGGAGGAAGUCAGCUACUAUUUCCCACCCAAAACCCUGUUCCGGACGUUCUUCUGCUGUAUCGCAGCAGCUUUGUCUCUGAAGUUUCUCAACCCUUACGGCACAGGCAAGAUUGUCUUGUUCCAGGUCCGGUACCUGGGUGAUUGGGAAAUGUUCGAGAUGGCUUUCUUCAUUCUCCUAGGUGUGCUCGGGGGAGCGCUUGGCGCCCUUUUCAUCAAAGCCUCGAACCUGUGGGCGCGGUCGUUCCGACGGAUUGGCAUCAUCAAACGCUGGCCAAUGGUCGAGGUCGUUCUCGUUGCGCUGCUGACCGGGUUGGUUAGCUUUUGGAACCGUUACACCAAGCUACCCGUUUCCGAGCUCAUGUUCGAGUUGGCUAGUCCUUGUGACCAUGAAUCGUCUUCGCCGACUGGUUUGUGUCCUGGUGAAGAUGGUAUCGGGGAGAUCAUCCGCUACCUUCUGGUGGCUUUUGUCAUCAAGAGCCUUCUCACGGUGGUUACCUUCGGUAUCAAAACGCCAUGCGGUGUGUAUGUCCCAUCCAUGGUGGUCGGGGGUCUCAUGGGGCGGAUUGUUGGGCAUACGGCGCAGUAUCUGGUGCUGAAAUAUCCCAACUCCUUCCUCUUUGGAUCAUCCUGUCCCGCUACCGCUGGAAUGGAAUCCUGCGUGACUCCCGGAGUAUAUGCCAUGGUCGCGGCGGGCGCAACCAUGUGCGGUGUGACGCGCUUGUCUGUUACCCUGGCUGUCAUCCUGUUUGAGCUGACUGGCAGUUUGGAUCAUGUGCUGCCCUUCUCCGUGGCGGUGUUGUGUGCCAAGUGGACUGCGGACGCUAUCGAGCCUCGCAGCAUCUAUGAUAUGUUGACCGAUAUGAACUCUUAUCCGUUCCUGGACAGCAAGCUCCAGCCGGUGUCGGAUGCCCAGCUAGGAGAUCUGGUUCGGCCGGUUCGGUCGAGUCGUAUCAUCGACAUCUCGGGCUCAUCCUUUGUGCCUGCGAGAGAGCUACGCUCGAAGCUCCAGAAUCUGCUUAUGGCAGGAGAGCUUGAUGGGGGUCUUCCGAUCCUGCGUCAUGGCGUUCUCAGUGGGCUGAUCCCUGCACCCGAGCUCGAAUACGCAUUGGAUAACCUGGAGGACGAGGAACAUACGCUCUGUCUGAUGUCUCUGGACACGUCUUCGGCUGUCUCUGACAGCGAAGAUGAAGACCAGACUAAUCGCGCCGACUUUGGUCAAUACAUUGAUCCGUCCCCAAUUGCCCUCGACAUCCAUUCACCCAUCAACCUUGUAUAUCAAUGUUUUGCCAAGUUGGGGCUGCGCUAUCUGUGCGUUUCGCACGAUGGCCAAUAUGCCGGCCUAGUACAUAAGAAAGCGUUUGUGAAGUAUAUGAAGGAGCAUGAGUGA